CAAAUAAUUUACGAAACUGCUCACGGUUGUUUGCAAUGUUUGUGUAACGUCUCAUUAAAAACUACACCAGAGCACAAUAGCGUUGGGGAGCGGCGCGAGGAAGAAAUCAAACAUGGCGUUACUCAGCAUAAAAAAAGCGGCCAAUCAAUGGGUUUGCACUAAGACCUUUAAAAGAAUAUUAUCGGACUUCUGCCAAGAAUGUUAAUUUUCCCCGACGAGCUCUAGGUUAACGAACCAGACACUGAGGACCUUGCUCGUUAUUUUUACCUUUAUGCAGGUGGUAGGCACUUUACACCCACUUGGUAUAUAUAUAAAAAACUACUCAAACGAACAUUGUGAUUAUAGACCUCGCCGUACAUAGAAUUGCGGAAUCUCAUUGUCUUGCUUGGAAGAGGACAGAGGCGGAGAUCGGGUUUCUUACUGAUCGGUUGGGAAAGAAUGAACUAAAUUGAUUGGAAUUACUGAUACGAAACAGAAAUUCAGACAACUCCGACAAGGUAAUUGGUUCUUACCUGAAUAUAGUUCCUAGAAAAACAACACCAGCGAGCAUUCAGCUAGAGUGAGCUACAUGCAGAUCAUGGCACUGAGGUCUGCCAGAGGAAGAGCAGCUCCAUCUGCACUGUAACAGCGAAUCAGCUGGUGUCGCCGUUACAUUAUUGAUAGAAAUACGGGCUGCGCUUUCCGUGUCGUUUUAGACUAGUCCACACGCGGAGCUGACAGAGUCAGCAACACACCGCCGUCAUAGUGCUCCACUGGGGACAUGCUGCGUGCCACAGAAACCAUUUGAUGAACGCUCCCACGGCGCUAACAAACUUCAUUAACAAUCGCACAUACGGUGAAUAUCAGUCGACAACAGUAACGAGGCAGACGCUAUAAGCACAUCUUGUAAGUUAAUUUGGGAGUAUAAUCAUUUUAAAGGUACCUUGAAAGGAAAACACAAUUACAAAGGUGGAGCCGCUGAUCCAACGGAGGUUUUGUUUCACGUCGCUUCACAGCAAUUGUAGAACUAUACUCUUUUGUUUAACAGAAUACAAGAGAAGUCUUCACGAGGCUUAAAAUGCCGUCUGGGCACUGGUCACCACUGGUCAUACGGCUGUGUUGUAUAUUAACGGUCAUCAUCAUGACAACAGAUAGACUCUCCAUCAGUGGUCAGUCGACGCGCAGCUGUCCAGAGGUCUGUAGGUGCCGUAACGAGAGGUACGCCGGGCUGACCACCGACUGUAGCUUCACGGGGGGCGGGAUGAACGCCUCGGUCUGGAGAGACAUCUCUCCCCGGACCAAGAAACUAUUGCUGUCUGGAAAUGGGUUGUCGGCACUGCCAAGAGGAGCUUUUGGAAACAUAGGAAAUCUACAGAUGUUGUCUCUGAGUGAUAACAAGUUUGCUGACCUGGCUGACCUGGUGGCCGUCAUGUCGAAGAAUGCCACGUCCUCAAUUUUAAACAUGAAUCUUGCCGGGAACCGCUUGAAGUACAUUGCUCACGGAGCCUUUGCGGAACUCACAGUCCUAGAAUCAUUGCUUCUCAAUGAUAACGUGAUAGAGAAACUUGAACCGGAAUCGAUGCGGAACACAAGUCGCCUUGUUACUCUAGAAAUAAGCGGAAAUUUUCUUCGAGAACUCCACAACGAUACGUUCAAAUACUGUACCAAUUUACAACAUUUAACGCUGAAGAGGAACCCUCUUGUUUCCAUUGAUGAUCAUGCCUUCAGCACCAUCAAACAUUUAAAAACGCUGGACCUCAGCGCGUGCGGUCUUGGUCGGCACAACAUAACGAACACGUUUCAGAAUCUGAGUUCCCUAGAGACGUUAAUGCUUGACAACAACGAAAUAUCAGACUUACCAGAAGGAGCACUGAAAGGGACAAAUAGUCUAACCACAUUAUGGGCUGUGAACAACUCAAUGGUAAAAUUUCCCCUCUCUGCCAUCCGAGGACUGAAAUCUUUGACCACCCUAUACCUAAGUAAUAACAAGAUACAAGUGGUUCCUGCCAACUUGUCCGAACUCGUGGCUCUGAAGUAUCUAUAUCUUGAUGAUAAUGAAAUUCACACAUUUGAAGAUGGCUCUCUUCAAGGUCUGCAUAGACUGACGACUUUGUGGCUCUCCCGCAAUAAGAUCAGCUAUCUACCAGAAUCUUUUCAAGAUCGUUUCAAUCACUUGGAGUAUGGCAAUGUGCCGUUGUCCAAGAACCCAAUGUCAUGUGACUGUCACAUGGUGUGGUUUGCUCGCUGGGUCAGGCGAAAAAGUGGGUUCAUAGUUCCAGAGCCUGUUUGUGCGGAACCUGCCAAGUUAAAGGGCAUUUCCAUGGCAACAGUUCCCCUGGAGGAUAUGCUGUGCUCAACAACUCCAGUUUUAUGCAAUGUUCAAGAUCCUAACUGCCAGAAACUGUGUGGUAAUAAAACGUCUUGCUUUGUCUGUCCUGCUGGGAGUUAUGGGACAAUCUCCAAAGACAUGUCCGCCAUGUCCUGUACCAGCUGUCCUGCUUUUUCCACGAGUCCCCUGGGUAGUCGAUCUCUAGGCGACUGUCAGUGCAGGGAGGGCUAUGCUCAGAAUGGAACCACUGCCCUCUGUACAGCUUGUCCCAAAGAUACCUACAAGCCAACCAUUGGUCCAGGACAGUGUCUGGGGUGUAGGAACGGUUCUUCCACCUUCUAUGAGGCCUCCCCCCACUGUGAUUGCCAACCGGGAUUCACACUUAAUAAAAAUAAAGAAUGCACUGCGUGUCCAGAGAAUUCUUUCAAGGAGUACCCAGGCCCUGGUGCAUGCACUGUGUGUCCAGCAUUUUCUGAGAGUUCUGUUGCCAGCGUUUCAUUCAUAGACUGCAACUGUACCUACGGAGAGUUCCAGAGCACGCACCAGAAGUUUGGAAAAUGUCAGGAGUAUGUUGGGCAAGAGAAGGUGUUGAUGAGGUUGCAGACUCCACCCCCAGGGUAUAAGGUUGAUUUAGUACCAGUGAUAAACAACAGUGUGGAGCAGAGACAGGAGCCAAAUCACACUGUUGGCAUGGUUCUGGGAGUCAUCACAGGUCUUGCAGGAAUGGUGAUUUUGGGCAUCAUGACUGCCCUGUUUUUGUUCAGGAGGAAUAAGAAAGCCAGCAAGUUCUCAGUCAACGAUCUGUAUGAUGAAGCCAGUGAGCCUGCCCUCAGUAUCAGACAUCACUCGGUGGACAACCUGUACUUUGAUAAGAAGCAAUAUUUACAGUGGGAAUUUCCAAAGAAAAAUCUUAAGAUUGGCCGUAUCCUAGGUCAGGGGGCGUUUGGGCAAGUCCACGAGGCUUGGGCUGAGGGUUUGGACAGUGUGGUGAAGCCAGAAAAGGUUGCUGUCAAAACACUGAGAGAGCGAGCAACAGCAGAGGAGAAAGAGGCGCUGAAGGUGGAGCUGGACCAGAUGAUUUAUGUUGGUAACCAUCCUAAUGUAAUCAACCUGCUCGGAGCUUGCACAUAUGGCGGUCAGCUGUUGAUCAUAAUGGAGUAUGCAGCCCAUGGAAAUCUUCUGAACUACCUAAAGAACAAGUCCCUUCAGCUGGACUUUGCUUACAGGGAUGCCACAAACCCUCUCAUUGUGACUGAAGACAAGGACAUCUUGUCGUUUGCCUGGCAGAUUGCCAAGGGGAUGAGCCACUUGGAAAGUCUGAAGUGCAUCCACCGUGAUCUGGCAGCAAGGAACAUCCUCAUCAGUGAAACAAUGGUGGCCAAAGUCUCGGACUUUGGUUUGGCACGAGAGGCUUACGAGAGUGGAUAUUAUUUCAAGGAAUCCAAGGGUCGUCUGCCAUUUCGGUGGAUGAGCCCCGAGUCCCUCCUGUCUGGCCAAUACACGACAAAGAGUGACGUCUGGUCCUAUGGGGUGGUUCUCUGGGAAAUGGCCACCCUCGGCGGCACCCCAUACCCAGGCAUCCCCCCUGAGCAGAUGUACGAGAUGCUGAGAUCAGGAUACCGGAUGCCACGCCCUGAACACUGCGGACAGGAGAUGUAA